AUGUGGAUUAAACCUGAGAUAUUGAGGAAGGAUCUGGUUGGUGGUGGAUCCACGGGGAGGUUAUUUGUGGUGAAUCUUGAAGGGAAGGCUUAUAGCUGCAAGCACUGCAAAACCCAUCUUGCUCUUUGUGAUGAUAUUGUCUCCAAGUCCUUCCACUCCAGGCAUGGGAAAGCAUAUCUCUUCAGUAAGGUAGUAAAUGUUACUUCUGGAGAAAAGGAAGAUAGAAUGAUGAUGACGGGAUUGCACACCGUGGCGGACAUCUUCUGUGUUGUAUGUGGAUCGAUUGUUGGUUGGAAAUACGAACUUGCCCAUGAGAAGAACCAGAAAUACAAGGAAGGAAAAUCCGUCCUUGAAAGGUAUAAGGUGUCCGGUCCCGAUGGAAGCAAUUACUGGAUCAGCCAUGGAAGACACGUGGGUGGGAGUGAUGCAGAUGAUGUUUGAUUAACAAAUGAAAUAUGGUCAAAUUCCAAUUUGUACAUUCUUUAUCCCCUUAAAUCCAUUCAACGCUCAUGUGAAUCCUUGAAAACCUGACUUGUUUAAGCAGCUUGUCCAACUUGCUGUG